CUGCGUGCGCCCCGCAGGGACCAAUGGCGCGCCCUGCAGCCGGGAGCGCAGCGCACUGCAGCGCAGGCCAGCCUGCCCUCUACCCUCCCCCUCCUUUCUCCAGGUGCUUCGGAGGGCAGCCGAGCAAUUCUGGCUCCGGGGCCGCCACCGAAGAGCAGCUCGCCCCGCUUUCUCCUCGCUUGGAGCCGGGCCAGCUUUUCCCCGCCCCUUGCCCGGAACAAGUCGGUUCCCUUGGUAGCGGCAGCGGCGGCGGCGGCGCUGACGGGCACCGCGGGCAGAGCGCUCCCCGCAGCAGCCCCAGCAUGUCGCCCUCGCCGCUUCCCCGCCGCGCCGCCGUGCAGCUGGCGCCCAGCUCGCUCGCUCUAGUCCUGCGUCGCCGGGAAGCGGCCGGGGCUGAGGCUGAGGGGGCUGAGGCGGACGACUGCUGCGAGGACGAAGCGCGCGGCGCGGCCGUCUUCCAGGCGUUCCGGCGCGCCAACGCCGCCUGCUACUGGAACGCCGGACUAGUGCGCGCCGUGGGGCGGGUACGGCUGCAGGGCUGGCUGCGGGGCGGCGUGCUGCUCCUGCAAGGCCCCCCGGCGCCCCUGCAGCUCCUCCGCGACGCCUGGCUCCGCAGAGCGCUGCGGGCCCCCAAGGGCUUCCUCAUCCGAGCCGUAGGUGAUGUCUCUCCAGUCCACAUGAAUCCAAUUUCCCAGUCUCAGUUUGUUCCUUUGGCAGAGGUCUUGUGUUGUGCUAUAUCUGAUAUGAAUGCAGCUCGUAUUACAGUUACACAGGAAACACUACUGCAUCAGUUGGGAAAAUACUACCCAGGUAUUGCAACUCCCACCCAUGAUAUUCUCUACAGUACUCUCGGGAUGCUAAUUAAAGAGCGAAAGAUAUACCAUACCGGGGAAGGAUACUUCAUAGUAACCCCAAAUACCUAUUUUAUCUCUAAUAACACUGUGAAGAGCAACAAGAGGACCUUGCUGGAAGACAAAUGCCUCCCUGAGCCUUCUUUCACAUACUUGGUAAGCAUGGAAGAUGCUACAGAGCUGGCACCAGAUCCUUUGCCUAUUGUCUCACACUGUAGAUCCUGUUACUGUUUCCUUGGGCACAAUGAAGUGAAACCAACAAAAUGUCAGGAAUUAAUUAGCCAGGAGCCAAAUGGGAAAAGUCAGAAAGAUUCUUGUGAAUCUAGAGCUUCACUUCCAAAACCAAGUACAGAGUCACUUGCUGAUGGAAUCGCCCACUCGGUACUUUCCGCCAAGGGAAAAGACAAGGCUAAAAGGUUUAGCCUUAGCCUCUUUUGGCGCAACACUUCCAAGAAAGAAAAGGCUAAGAAAUCCCACUCUACAUUUUCUGCUCAGUUUCCUCCUGAGAAAUGGCCGGUCCGAGAUGAAGAUAAUUUGGAGAACAUUCCACGGGAUGUUGAACAUGAAAUCAUCAAGCGUAUCAAUCCUAUAUUGACUGUCGACAACUUGACUAAACAUACAGCACUCAUGCGGAAAAUGGAGGAACAGAAGAAGUACAUCAGCAAAGGGACUUCUACAGAACUACUAACAAUGAAGCACAAACACAUUUCAAAACCACACAGUUGGAAAAAACAGAACAAAGCCGUGAAGUAUCACCGGAAGGGACAGCACAUUAAAGAAAAACGAGGAAAAUAUAAAACCAAUGAAGUGGUACUGGCUGAUGACCAUUUGGCAAGCUCCGUUGAACAUCCAUUAUGUCACAUUUCAAGCGAAUUGAUGGUUUGCAAUAGAGAGCUGUUUGAUGAUGCAUUAGAUAUGGAGCCUCCCCUUUUAUAUAAAAGGGAAAUUAAUAACCCAUUUCAAGAUAUUCCAAAUAGGAGGAACAAGUCAUCCAAAGGUUAUAAAAAUCAGAAAAAUUAUGAUAUGAACUCCAAGGUUGUUAGAACAGAGAAGCAUCAUUCAUGGUACCAGUCUUUAGAUUCCUUACGAACCAUGGACUGUAAAGCUAAAGUCUCUCUCUCUGGGAUGUGUGAUGCUGAAGAUGACAAGAAGAAACACUCAGAUCACCAGCAAUGCCAAGCUUUACCAACAGAUGGCACACCGACAUCCUUGGCAGAGAGAGCCACUUGUCAACGUAAUCUGCAAAGAGGGACAAACUCCCAAAAUGCAGUGGAGAUGCAAGAGGCUUCUAACCUUUAUGCUACAUUCAAAAAUGAAGACGAGAAAAAGCAUCCCGAAAAAUGCAUUCAAAUGCACUGCGAUAAAGCAAACACGGGCAGUUUACCAAGUCAGCCUUCUGAUUGCUAUCUUCCCACUGAUGCAGGUAUUAUCUGCCAAUUUAAACAGUCUAACGUUGUUGCCGUGCACAGACAAAAGGACUUUAAGAGUGAGACACAGUCCAAGAACACAAGCGAAUGGCUUGAGUCUGUGAAUCCGCAGUACGAGGGAUUCAUUUAUGAUGACCCGGUUCAAUAUCAAAAAGUGGAUAAUGAUGGUGCUCGUAGUCCUAUGUACAAUGACGUUGUCCGGGAAGAAGAAAUUGAAUCAUCCAAAUUGAAACCUUAUCAACUCCGAUAUAGAACGGAAUUGGAAAAAUGGAAUGACGUAAGAGAAGACACGAGUCCAAAAGUAUUGGGAAAGGAAAAGGCUGGCCCAUUCUUUCGAAGCUACCCAAACGAUACAGAUACUGUUGAUACAUACCAACAUGAAGAAAGUGGUUUUCUUAGUCAGAGUAAAUCGAAGGGUACCUUAAAGGAAUAUGACAAAAUGAACUUGGAAGGAGAAACUGACAUGUGCCACCAAGUGUCUUCUAAAAACAAUGAAGAGAACGAGGGUAUUUAUGAUCAAGGCUGGAGAACUGAUAGUAAUGAAAGGCAUGUCCUUGAAUUCAGUGAGGUGCAGGAAGCAGAGAACAGAAUUUGGAACAAGUCGGCCGACAAAGUGGCUAUGGAAACAGCUUCCUUGAUGUUGUCAUCCAAAGACUGGGAAAUUAAGGCAGACCUUGUGGGAAUACGACAGUCUUUUGUUAACUCAGGUGAUGCUCCUCUAGAUCGGGGAAUCCAACAUGACCAAAACCACUUACAAGACACAGGAAACCAGAGUAUAACAGGAGAUAGUGGGAUAGAUUCUCCCAGAGCACAAAGUAUGGUAUCUGCUAAUUCUGCCAUCUUGUACGGACUGAAGAAAAGCAGCAGCUUCCUCAAAAACCUAGAAGGUAUAGAGAAGACUUUACACGGCAGAAAGUCUCUUACCCCAAACUCCUUGCUUCAGUUGACACCAGUGAUGAAAGUUUGAUUUUUCCUCCUUUUUUAACCAAGUUGAUGAGCCUGUUUGUAAAUCUAUUGAUGUAUUUGCUAUAAAUGUCGUAAACUAACACAUGUGCUAAUGUAGGUAAGAUGUUGGCUAUUUCUCCCAUAAGAUGUAUGAAUACUUUAUAAUAAACAUUUCUACUGUUUUUUUACUGCUGUAUUUGAUAAUAAUAAACUCAGAUCCUAGUAACUUCAGGGAUUCUUUCUUGGAAAAAUAAAUGUGUGGUUAUUCAUUAGUUUAUGUCAAAUACAUUUCUUUUAAAAUAAAGCUAUACUUAUUAGGUUGAUUAUUAUUAUUACUACUACUACUACUACUACUACUACUACUACUACUACAACACCCAAUUAUGAAGUCACAGCUACCAGUUUGUUCAUUUGGUGUGAUGUACUAUAUCAGCAAAGUAUACAUGCAAAUUCAAGCAGAGAAGCCUUUUGUAAUUGACAAAUGGACAUUUUGUCAAUGUACAGAUUUUCCAAGAUUCUUUGGUGUGGCACCCAUUGUGUCAAUAACCACUGUGACCCUCGCAACUGGUUUAUGCUGCAAUUUUUCAACUCUGAUUUUGAGAUCUUGAUACUUUGUGAUUUUUCUCCAAUUCUUUUCUCUUCCAUUCAACUAUCCCCUGGUAUUGCUACAUCAAUUAUCCACAGUCUUCUUUUCAGCCACAGUUAAAUCUGAUGUGUUAUGAGCCAAGACUAUUUCUAUUUCUUUUAGAAAUCCCACAAUAUUUUAAUCUGCUCAUUCUUAAUUUUAAACCCACUAAUUUUUCAUUAAGGUAGUCUUUAACAUACAACCACAAAUGAGCCCAAAAUUUAUGUUGUUAAGAGACAGUAAGUGAAUUUUGUCCCAUUUGUGCCACAGUUAAAUCACUAAAAUUGUUUAGUAACAAGUUUGUUAAUUAAAUCUGGCUUCCCCACUGACUUUUGUCAGGUCACAAAAGAUCACAUGACCCAGAACAGUACAUCAUAAAUACCUACCAUUUCCAAGUGUUGGAAUUUUGAUCACAUGACCAUGGGGAUGCUGCAAAGAUCAUGUGACUUUUUUC